GCUGAUAUUACAGAAUGUUAGGAAUGGGAUAUCUACGAAUAAAUAACUCCCACUGCUUUACUGUGCCAAGAGAGUGAGAGAUUUAUUUUUAUGAGUUCUGUGAGCGCCAUGGGAAGGCAGAAAUUAGAGUAAUAAGCUGAUUUUGUGCACGAUACACACCGAUUACAAGCAGAUCUAACAAAUUAAACACAAACUAACACUAUUAAACAAGCCGAGACUCUGCAUCCAUGGUGGUAGCCAGAAAUUACAUGCACUAAGGUGUUUUUUUUAGCUUUUAGUUGUCGUUUAAUGCACUUUAAAUGAGCCGGAGAAGGGAGAUUUUAUUUUGCAAGUACUGGCUCUCGAUAAAAUGAUAAAACUUGUAACUGAUAUGACAUAUUUGUUAAGAUAAUCAAACCGAUCACUUCAGUCAAUCAGUCCAGUCUGUGUUGAGAUAUUUAAGAUCGAGGUUGUGAAAUUGUUGAGCCGGCACUGAAAUCCCUGGGGCCGCGCUCCCCGAGGAUGUGCUGCCAACAUUGGUCAAUAAUGGGGUCUUUUUACACAAUGGACAGUGUUCUCUGAGGGAAAGGAAGUGGUCUAAAUGAAAAACCAAAAUGAGCUUUGCAAAGCUGUGUGCUGUUUUGGAUACUUGGUUCAGCUCUAAUUGGGACUUUAACGGUUCAUUGCUGAUGGCAGAAUAAGAGCAUGGCGAAGGAUUCCCGGCAAAAUGGACACGCUGUGGAGCUUGUCUGACUUUUUAUGGCAGAUCCUGUUUUUCCAGUAAGUGAAUAGAUCAGCUACACACCUCUUUGAAUGGUUAUAUGUGUUUUCCAUUAAUACUCUUUGGUUUUGAUUUAUUCAUUAACUUUGUUUGUACAGAACUAACUCCAAAAGACUGAUUCUCAGCCUGCUGGGUAUUAUUCAUUUAGAGCUUUAUCCGCUGAGGGACAAUGAACAAGAUUUCUUUUUGUGGGCUGACCUUUAAAGUAGGAAUAACUCAUGAGUGUGGUUUGCAUACACAAACACAACCUACCUGUUAUGAGGAAAUAUAAUAAUGGGGUAGUGUUUUCCUUCAUUGUGGUUUAAAUCAUUCCCUGCAGGCCAAUGCAAAGCUAUUAGAGGCUGGGCUGCUCUAUGACUGCCUUUUGUUACAGGGUUAUAUAAAUAGCUUUUUGACAGUUAAAUGCUUUGGCCUACUAUUAAGAGAGCUACUUUUGUAAAAGCUGUCCUCUGACUACAUAGAUUGAUUUUUAAGAAGUGUCUAAACUCAAAACAUUGCUGAGUUAAGUAGGUAUCAAUCAUUUGGGAACAAACUCGAGAUGAAAAUAGAAGAAGUUAAAGAUAUGGUUAGGACUUUUUUCUAUGUUUAUGAAAUAUAUUGCAGUCAUAUUGAUGCAUUUUCAUGAACAAGGCUGAUGUUUUAUUACCUUAUUUUCAAUGCCUGAAACUGAAACGACGGGGUAGGUGUCAGCCGAGCAGCUCAAGAGAAAAAGUAUGUAGAGGACAAAAUAAGUACACAAGGGGCACUAAAGUUGGCACAAACCAAAAGUCCCUCAUAUGAGCAUUAAGACUUUUUACUGAUUAUGCAUUUCAAGUUAGUUUGUUAGACAACAGGUGCUCGAAAGAAAUAUUUCUGUAAGUAUAAUCACCUGAAAUAGGAAGGUUAAAACUGAAAUAUUAUAUAUGGAUAAAAAAUGGGGAGGCUAAGAAAUGCUAGAAAAGAGUGUUUUCAUGCAAAACUUUAAGAAGCAUAGUUGGAUUUCAUGUUUACUUAUGUGUUAUGAAUUUAGUAGCAAAAUAUGUUACUUAUAUCUCAGUAUUUGACAUUCACUUAUGUAGAUAAUCUGUUGCCUAUCUAAACUACCAGUAGGUGGGAAACCAGUCAGAUCACCAGCCUAUCUCAGGGCUACAGACAACCAGACACACUCACACCCACUGGUGAUUUAAAGUGUCCAGUUAACCUGAUAAGCUUGUCUUUUGACUAUACACCCUGAGAGAACCCAUGCAUUCAUAAGGACAUUAGGACAACAUGCAAACUUCACAUAGAAAGGCCCAAGCUGGGUUUCAAAUGAGGAACAAGGAACCAUCUUGCAGAGGAAAAAGCAACAAAGCGCCAUCCUGUAGCCUGUCUGAUGAUAACAGAUGAUGUGUAAUGAUAAUGAAAUAUGAACUGAUAGCAUGCAGUUUUUUUUUUUAAGUUUUUUAUUUUUUUAUUUUAUUUGGGUCAAUAUCUGAGUCAAAGAUGGCAGAGAAACACAAGGGGGAAGAGAGGAGGGAGAGGAAAGGGUGAGAAAGCAAUCUCCACCUUCAUCCUUGACUGGAUGGAGUGGGUACAGAGGGUAGAGGGGUAGCUUUUCUGGACUCUUUGCAUUGAGUUGAGUACGUAUGCAUGUACAAUAUCACAGGUAAUCUGAGCACUGAAUACUGAGCAGUAAAUUCAUUCAGUUGAACUGAAAUGAAAUAGGUCUUCUAGUGAUUGGUCUGUGAUGGUGGGGCCCAUUGUGGUAAGUUUUCAUGGGGGCCAGAAUUCCUGGUGACGCCUCUGUUCAUCAAACUGAGUUCAUGUUGCUGACUUGCAAAGGUACAAAGUGUGUCAAGUCCACUGAAGCCAGGCUUUGUUGUUAUUAUGCAGUGCGGUAGUUGCACACAGCUGGAUAAAAGAACGCUUCCCAGGGCAUCUCUGAUCACUAAACACAGUGAGCAAGAAUAAACACACUGUUGAAUUAUUAAUGUCUUUGGUUAGCUUCUAUAUCAAGAUAUGCAUAUUUUACCGUACAAGGAAAUAUAGAAAAAUAAACUAUAAAUAAAUUCUAAAGAUGCCACCUACAUCUCAUCUAGGUAGUGUAUGUGCAUCUCUUCUAGUCUUCUGAAUGACAGAUGACAGGCCUUCUAACAUAAGCUUAUGAAUCGCCAAUGGGGGUAAUUUAGAUUAAAGAGGAAGAUACCCUUAAUCCAAAUUAAGUUAAAUCAAAUUAAGCUUUAAGUACAUCAAAAGAUUACAAAUUCAAUAAGAGUGAAUGGUACUCUGCCAUAAUUGAGAUUUAAGAUUCUUGGUUUAUAAUGUUGCCGUUAAAAACAAAAGCACCUAUGUUCCUGAGCUGUGCAGAUUAGUGUGACGAAUAAUAAAAGCUUAAAAUCAAACUUCCAAUCAAUCAAACUUUGAAGCACUUGGAAUUUUUUCAAGUACACAGCUCACACACACAGAUGCACACACAAAAGACCAGGUGAGGAUAUUUCACUUUGCCACAGAUGACGGACGAAACAUUAUCUUGAGUUAGAAAAAGAUGAGAAAACACUGGAUCUAGGGCUAAAACGAUAAAACCCUAAUAAAAUAUAAUAAAGGUGAUAAAGCAUUAAAUUUUAAUUAAAUAAAAAAGUCUUAAAAUCAAACAAUAAAGGAAAGUAAAUUAAAAAAGAAAUAAUAAAACACAAAAUAGUUACUCUAGGACUAAACUAGUGUAAAAUCACAUAAUGCAGAUUAAAAGAUUAAAGGAAAAUUCAUCUAAAAGCCAGACUAAAAAGGUAGGUCUUUAGUUUAAUUUUAAAAAUAUUAACAUAAGUGACGCUAAAAAGCUGCUGAAAAUAACAAAAGAGGAACAGGACAAAUUUUAAAAUAAGACAAACAGUAACAUCCCACCCCCUGAAGAAAUAAAUGAAUAAACUAACUAACAAAAAUGAGUUAAUUGGUGUGAUUUGAGAUAUCUAUGGGCUACCUGCUGACCUGGGACACAGCUCUGAUCUAACUUUAUUCUCUUGUGAGGCUAAAAUUGUUGGUUUGGGCUUUUAAGGAUGGAUUCUGCUUUUAAUGUGCAAUUGUAGGACAAAACCUACAUUUUGCUGUUGUUGUUGUUGUUGUUGUUGUUGUUGUUGUUGUGAAGGCCUACGUAAUGACGUCAAGGUGAGCAGAUUGAGCGUGAACGGUCAGGGGAGCAGACUGUCUCCUGUCAUCUGUGAAAGCGGGACGAGCUUUUUCUCCUGCCAUCUGCUUAUAACCUCUGCUCACAGCUACACCUCAUCCCUGCUGCCCUAACCUCUGGAAACUACAUGGACAAACCCUCUUUUGACGCCCGGUCGAGCCCUCUAAAGUCCGGGGUGUCGGCGGUGUUUUCUCAGGUAAGAGCAGCGGGACUCUUUGUUUUCAGUAAGCUAACCGCUAUAUUUUAUCAAAAACGGCGUUUUUUCCGCGCUUAUUGUGGAAAACAAUUAAUGUUAUUUGACUCAAAUUGGAGUAUUUAUUCGGAACAGAGGCAAAACGAUUGACUGUUGUUUAGUUUUAUGUGUAAAUUGUGUAAUUUUUCCCUCUUUGCUCCUCUACUCUCACAUCGAGAAGCUUUGGUGGUUGCUAGGGGAGAGGUUGCUAUGGGCGUGUUUCCCUGCCUGCACGUGAAGCCAUUGUUUUUACAGUAACUGAAAUCUUCAGCAGAUUUAAUGUAAUAUUUUCGACUAAAUAUUACUCUGAAUGGGUUGCUGUUACGGUCUCCACUCAUUGACUUAUUUAUUCUAUCACAUUAGGAGUUUUUAAAACAAAUAGUUCAUAUGACAUUGGACUGGUCAUUGGUGAAAGAGAGGAUCACUGUGUCUCUGCUUUCCUUCUCCAGACAAAUUUUAGUGUUUAAAAGGCCAAAUGUUUUCUUUAAUCAAUUGCUGUUCAGUCAUAAUGGUCAUAAUUUCAACACAAUGGUUAUUUCACACUUCCACUCACCAUUACUAACUCUGGACAGCGUACUGUCAUGUUCAGAGGUAUGAAAAGAUGCAGUAGUCGUCAUUCUGUCAUUACAAGGUUAACCAGUAAACAUAAUAAUAAGUUAAUAAUAAUAUAUUUUAUUUAUAACGUGCUUUUACAAGUGCUCAAAGACGCCUUACAAAGAAAAGAAAAUAAAAAACACAAUUUAAAAUACAGAUAAUUGUAAGAAAUAAAACCAAACGUGUUUAAAAAUAAGGUAUACCAAUAUAUAAUAACCCAGACUCACUGAAAUAAGAAACAGAACACCUAGACUAGGCUGUGACAACAUACAAUACACACCGAUGAGAUUUUAAUUACUAGUACAUUUUUCUUAUUAACCUUUAUUGGUGUCUGUUGUAAUUGGAUUCGUAACGUCAUCAUAAUUCUUGCUUUAGUUAUGAUUUUAACUUCUUGUAUAAUUCUCCUGUUUGGACUUUUAUCAUUUUAAUGUACACGAAUGUUAACUGUCUUCUUGUGGACCCCAGGAAGAGUAGCUAAUGGGGAUCCAAAUAAAUAAUAAAAGUAUAGUCUCGCAUUGAAAAUAAGCCCUUGAAUUUGUAGUCGCCUACAUAGCAAAAAUACUGCAAACUGGAAUAUAAUUCUUUUGCUACUUUUUAAAAAAUAUAUUGGUUGAUACGGACAAUAUAUUUGCACUCUGCUUUUAUAUUUACUGUGUGUUGUUUUGUUCUGAUUCCAGUUGGUCUGGUUGUGCUCCUUCAAAAUGAGUCAAUCUUGUUUGCUUUGGCGUCAGAUUGAUAAGUUAUAGUGUUCCUGUUUGGUGUUGUCAGAUCAUAUGGUAUCCACUUUUGCGUCAUGCUUUUAGAAAUUAUCAUAGAAUUUGGAUCAAACCUCAGAUUUUAACAAAUCUGAACAGUGGUGACAAUACAUGGGUGAUUGGAUGAGUAAGACCGGUUAGAAAAUAACCUUUUAAGAGCCAGGUCAAAUUAUGCAUGCUUCCAAGUCUGAUGGUAAGAACCAGCGCAAAGUACCGCAGUCAAUGUAAUCCACUUUUGCUCCAUAUGGUGAGGGAAAAGAAGUUAGUUACUCCAGCUUUCAUCCCAGUAGCAGCUUAAGCCCUGCACAGCUCAGGUGACAGCUGUGGUUUAAGCGAGGACCCGGUGUUUGUUUUUGUUUCCUGCAACAUGAAAAGAGAGAAUUUGGGUCACACAUUCAUAUGAUAAUAUGAUUUUAAACGAAAGAAUAUGAAUAAUUGACCUAUGACGCACAUCUGCACUAUGUGUUUGCUGCUAUUCCCAGGUACCAAGAAAGGAGUGUGUUUGUGAAAUUGCUCUUUGAAAGAGAGAUGGUCAAGGAAGUUAUUUUGCCCUGAUCAUUAGCAGAGAUGUGGUUACACUCUCCAGAUCAUGUUUCAAUCAUUUGUAAUGCUUGUUAUGAUCAUGUUAGCGUAGGGUUACAAGUUAAGGUCAGGUGCUCAUUUACAGCUCUGCCAUAGAAAACAUGCUCCAUGCCUGUUUGACAGCCUGCUUUUUGUGGGUAAUAAAAUGAUAAAGCGUCAAUUAAGGUGUGUCAUCUGACAAUUUGCAGCAUGAGUUAAGUUCAAUGAGUUUAUUGUCACGUUUCUGAUUGCUUAAAAGAUUUGAGCUUUUGCCAUGUUUCUCUACCGGGUUUGUUUUUACUGAGGCGAUGUUUGAACAAUAAAUCAAUUCGUUUUCACGACCUCAUAAAUGAAGCUUUUCUCCAACUGAUUUUUUUAUCUGUGCUUUCAGAGCGAGUUCAGCCACACCUCCCCGAAGAAUUAAUGAGCCAAAGUUUGCGGCCAUAAAUAACGAUGAGCAGAAACACCCAUGUUGUUGUGGGAAUGAUGCAGGAAUUCAAUCGCUACAUCACAGCUAUGCCUCAGUGUAAGAUAAAUAUCACAAACGUGCAUGACUUGUUGUUUCAUCUCAAAGAGGUCUUUGGUGCUCGUGACUUUUUUGUUCACAAGUGACUUACUUUUCAUUGUUUUUGCUUAACAGUGUCGUGAUCAUUGAAAACAUUCUCGCAUCGAAUGAAAAUAAGCAUUUGGUGAUUCACUGCAUCACAUACGCCUGGGUUGUUUCUGUGAACUUCUGUGCGUACACGUGUGAGCACAUAGAGGCCAUUUACCUCCGUUUUAAAUGAGGCGUGGGUGUUAUCAGCAUGUGUGAAAAGCUGGCUGUGUCACUGUUUGUCAGUCAAAUCACCUUGAAGCUUGAGUGAGUCUACAUCAGCAUGAGAAACAUUUUUCAUUUUCUCUUUUCUCUAUCUGUACAUGAAAAGAAAAAGCAGUAGAUUCCCCUCAGAGGCGUGCUUUAGCGUAAUUAGUUAGGGCUAGACAAUAAAGACAAAAGUAUCCUCAUGAUUAGAGUGACCCUAUUCUGAAUCCCAAAAAGAGGACACGACUACGCGGGGCGGAGUCACAGAGUUGCACGUAGUUAAUUUUGAGAGUAUUUCAGGUAGGGUUGAGUGUUUUUUUAUACGCUUCUAACUCAGUUAGUCCACACGACACAAACUCAAAACUUCCAUACAAACCCUGGACAUUUGAAGGAUUUUAUGAACUCCCCCCCGGCAAGGCCAGACAGCCCCCAAAAAAGAGGACAAGUCCGGGUAAAAGAGGACAUAUGGUCACCCUUCUUAUGAUCAUUUUCUACAACCCAAUUAUGAAAAGGUUUUGGAGACUUGGUAAAAAAUAAAUGUAAUUGGACAGUUUCCAACAUUUGAUACUGAAAAUAGUACAACAAUUAACAUCUGAUGCCAGCAGCGCAUUUUAAAACAAUUGGGACAGACAUAUUAAAUCACCAAAUACGUUGUGUAAUGCUAUAAAAGGAAACCUGCAACUCCCAAGUAAUUAUGUUAAUUUGCAGCAGGUUAGUUAGCGACAUGACUUCAUUUAGAAAGUGCAUUCCAAAGAAAGGCUGAGUCUCUUCGACUUAAAGAUGGAAAGAGGUUCAUGCACUGUGUGAAAAAAUGGUUUAACAGUUUUCAUGUUUAUCAGUGUUAAAGUGCAAAAAAAGUGCAGGGAUUCCAUGAUCUAAAAUAGGUAGUAUUUAUGGAAGAUUUAAAGAAUCUGGAGAAAUCCCUGCACAAAAAGGGGCAAUGUCAAAAACCAAAGAUAGGUGGUUGUGAUCUUCAGGCCUUUAAGCAGCACUACAUUCAAACUAGACAUGACUCUGAAGUGGAAAUUACUGCAUAAGUUCAUAAUCCCUAACAAAAGCCAUUGUCUGUGAACACAGUUUAUUUAAGUUAAAACUGUACUAUGCACGGAGAAAACCAUGGAUACACAUAAAACAGAAAUGGUGUCAAGUUUAAUGGGUCUAGCUUUUUAGCCAGACCAUACCUUUCUCAGGGAAGACCUUCAUAUUUUAGCAAAACAAAUCCAAACCAUAUGAAGCACACAUUACAACAGCCAUGCUAGUAGAGCCCAAACUGACCUGUCUGCAGUCCUGACUUAUUAUCCCUGGAAAAUAUUCUGUGGAUCAUGAAAUUAAAAAACGACAAAGGGACUCCAAACUGUUGAGAAGCUGGAAAACAAAAGUCAAGGCUAUAGUGAUAUGCGAACAUUAAAAUCUUGUCUUUUUACAUUUUACACAGCGUCCUUAUUUGAAAUCCAGGAUAUUUAUUGACUAAUCCUUUUUUUUCUUUCCAAAAUUAGUUAUAUUAUGCUGCCAACUCGAGGGUCAUCCCACCAGUGAAGAAGGUUUUAGAACUAUAGAGUAGUGCCUAAUUUAUUCAAUGCAAGUUUAAUCUCUAUUUUAAGUGAAUGUAGAUUAAAAGCAUAAAAAAACUGAGCAAACCAAUUUUAUUUGAAUAUCAGUGUUACUCCGUAGCUCUUAAACCAGGAGAAUAUGAGCAUAGAUAACAGAUUAAUCCAGUUUUCUUUCUCUGAGUUUGUGUUUUUGUCUGGAUUCAGAGUUCACAGUUAAAGAUGUUUUUACUUGGAGCUGAACAAUCAGCAGAGGCCUCAUCUACAAAACAAGGUAGUAGUCAUUUAAAACCAGUAAAAAAAAAUACCAAAAGUAUGAUCAGGUUAUUUUGUUGCUAUUUCCAAAAGACUCCUAUUUUUCUCACUGGCAGCCUGUGGGGAGUGUCUGUGAUCUCUGUUUGCAUCACAUGAUCCUAAUCAAACUGUUUGAGACUUUUGUACACAAAGUAAAAAAAAAAAUCAGAAGUUAACUCUGAUUAAAUGGACCACCCUCUCAGGAGCAACAGGCCACAUUCCUCUCUUCCUCACACCUUCCUUCCUUCCUCUUCUGUAACCUCCUCUCCGUCUUAUCCUUUUCGUCACCAUGUGACCCUCUUUAUCUUUUUCUUAUUGUUCUGUCUCCUGUUUUCUACUCUGCUCCACUUUCCUCUCACCCCCCUCCCCUGCUCCUUCGCUGCACACAGGUAGUACUUGCCAAGAUGUGGAUGAGCAGGGCAUGAGGCUAAGCUGGCUGUCACAAGCCAUCUGCAGGGUCACACUGAGGCGUGCAGUCACGUUCAGCACUCUACUUUCUCCUCCAGGCAUGUUUGUUAGCCAAGGAGGAUCGUCAGAGAGGGCGAGGGAGGGCUUGACUCACCAGGAAUGACAUUCAGGAAUGAUUUGAGAGAAAUGAAAGAAAUGCUGUAUGAAAGAUUGGGCAAGAAGGGCUGUUGUCUACUCAACGACAAUGGUAUGGAGUUACAGGAGGACAGAUUUGAUGGUUUAAACUUAUUGCAAAGAAUUUUAUGGCGUGACUGAGAGACUCCAGAUUCAGAGGGAUUCAGAGGUUUAUUCAUUCACGAGUUUUAUACCACAGAGGGGAGUGAGGGGAGGUUAUUUUAAGAGUAGAAAGAUGGAGCUGUCAAAGAAGGUGAAAUCCCCAGAGAGGGAACCCUGUGGGAUCCCUAAUCUGUGUUGAUCUGGUUAGAGAAAAACUGAGUGGAAAGGGUGACUGGGCGGGCUGCCAAAGAGCUGAGACAUCAGCGGCAUGGAGCAGAGACUGAAAUAAUCCCAUCAGAUUCCUUUCAGAGACCGACAGAGAGGAGCCUAAUUUUAUUUCAGUCAAGCCAAAUGAAAAUGUUAAUUGUUUCUUGACUUGGUUUCAUAUUAAUGUGGGGAUGUGUGACUGGAAUAACUGUUAUUUUGGUUCUCUGAAAGAGAGACAAUCUUGUGCAGAAAAGCACAUAGAAAAGCUGAGGAGAAUUACUGUGACUGUGAUCAAUUGGCACAAAAGGGGCUGUGAUUUAAGUGGGAAUAUUUGUUAAAAUAUGUGUAUGUAUUGUAAACAUACAAACAGAGUUUUGAUAGGUCAGGAACACAUUAUAAAGUGGAUUUUGCUCACAGCACCAGGGCUUCUUUGCUGAAGAAACAAUACUGACAUGAAGUCAGAUUUAAAGAACUGUAUUCUUCAAGUAUAUUAACAAAGAAAUUUUCUACCAAAAAUGGACUAAUCGAGGGGGGGGUUUCAGACUCUGGCGGCAAACCCUUCUGCGGCGGGGGACGACACGGCUUGGUGGAGUAAAAAUAUACUCAUAUCAGCACAAAAAGGCAAUGAUACACAAAAGGCGAAAAUAUAAAUAUUCAGCAAACCACUGGAUGUUGAUUAACGUGGACGCUCUUCAAUCUUCCUGUCUCCAGUGGGUUGGCCGAAUCCAAAAUGGUGAAAACCAGGGAGGUGGUCUGAGACAGACUGUUAGCUAUGAAACUGGGGUGCUCUGAAAACACCCCCAUUAGCACUUGGUACAUUCCUCCUGAUAAAAUUAACCAUAGAUGGUAAAUUGAUGCGGAAAAAAAUCGAAUCGACCGAUCACAGUUUCGCUCGACUCAGCACGUAUCAACGAAGAAGUCGACCUGUCGACUAGGACUUUACAGCCCUAAUUUACUCUAUGAUGUUUUUCAUAAACUAAAGCUGAUUAAGGUAGAGUUUGUUCCAAAACCACACCGUUAACCUGCAUCUUAUUUUGUACCAUUGAGUCGCAGACAUAUGUGCCAAAAAACAAUGUAUGGAUUUGUUGUAUUUGUAAGCUCACUAAGCACUGCCAUGUUACAAAGUUUAAUCCUCAGCACUGAGCUCGUAAAGCUCCUUCCCAAUGGGACAAAUUUAGUAAAUCUCCCUGAAAUUUUCCCCUUUGAGGUAGAUUAUGACGUCGCAAUAAACAAAAACAUCAGUCUUAGCUCGGCACAGCUCAAGUUAAGAUCUUGCGACCGCUUAUUUGUGCUGAACCCUGUGAAUGAGUUGCAGUAAAUUGGGCCAGAGCCUUCAGUUCUUUGUGGAGGGUCCUAAAGACCAUAUAGCAGAGGUUGCAGGUCUCCGUGCUUGUGUAAGUAAGCGUGUUGCCACAAAUACAAAAGAUAUAUUCCACUUUUCUUUGUCUUGGAGGUGGGGAUGAUAAAGCCACGGCGUAACUUUCUCCAAACAGUUAGUCAGGCCGUUUUGUCGUCUGGGCAUUCAGCUGUUGUGUCAUCUCCCUCGCCCAUUCAUCUCUCAGCUUCAGCCUUGACAAUCCACCAAACCACACAGACGUCCUCUUCCCCCCGUCUGCGUCCCAGCCUUACUCAGCUGUUCAUCCACUCAGCUCCUCUCCUUCCCCGGCCCCCCCUUCUCAUCCAGACCUCCUUUCCUGUCCCAGGAUGCGGUGUAGUGACGUGCCUACCCUGGCAGUGAGAUCAACUCUUUUCUAAUGUGUUUGGGCACUGGAGAGAUUACAAGGAAACAGCUUGCCACGGGCAGGCAGCUGCUGUUUCCUACAGCUCGCAGCGGUUUGGGGGGACAACAGCAGGAUGCCGUGGGGGAGAAGCGGCUCGGCGGCCCUGCUGCUGCUCUCGAGCAGAGUCAUCGGUCGGGCCAAGGCCAGGUAGGAUUAGGUUUCUGCUGCUGCUGCUGCUUUUGACUUGGAUUAAGAUUCUUGACCACUGUGAGGCUAAACUCAGAACGGGUCAUGAGCAAAGCUGCAAAAAUGUUUUUCUUCUUUAUCCACAAGAUGUUCUAAGAAGUUGGGUUUACAGCAAACCUGAGCAACACUUCAUUGUGUGACUGUUAAGGAAAGUAAAUACCAAUGCUGGGCAGUUUGUUGGAUAGUCACACAGAUUCUCUUGUUAGGACAGAUGUACAGUGACUGAAGUUGAAGAAAUACUUUCUCAGAAAUAUAUGAGCCAAUCUGUUGCAUUCUCUCCAAGCUAAGAAGCUUGCAUUGGGUUUCAGCCAUGAGGAUUAAACACUGCGCUGCUUUCUACAUGCGCUGCUGUUUAAAGUAGAUUACUGUAGACCUUUACUGUGGUUGGUGGUCAGGGUUACUUUGUGUUAUUUCCCACAGUGUUGCUAAAUGCAAACCUAAGACAAAAAAGUUUGAUGUUUUUGCCCUUUCUUCUCUUGGAGUGGAUCAGUUCCUGUUGAUUCAUUGUUUGAAUUUGAGCUCCUUUUAACAAGGAAAAUACACGCACCUUGACAUUUGCGGUGUGCUUGUUUUCAUUCACCGUUUUACAAUAGCAGCAUGGAGCAGGCAUUGUUUCAUGGCCGCUUUAUAGCUUUAUAACUUUCUGUCAAAGGGAAGAGUAUUAUUAGCACAUUUCAAAACAAGACAAUGCUGUUCGGCUCUUUAGACUUCAGGCUAAACAAGGAAACCCGGGGAAAUGUUUUUAAAGCUUUCUCUAGUAACCUUCCCUCCGAGAAUAACAGAACAGAAGGUAUUGGUUUACUUAGUUUGAGGAUUAUGAUCUUAAUUUCUUGUCCAAGAAUUUGUGGAGAGUGACCUAAAUAGCAACAAUCAUCUUUGUUGACUGCAUGACCCAGCUUUACCAAAACAAAACUAGACAACACAAGGUCCAGUGUGAGAGAUACUUGAAACUGUCGUCAAGUGGGUUUCGCAAGAAUUACCAUACCUGUAAAUUUCUAAGAAGUUUCUCUAGUGUCUGUUUACAUCCUCCGCUCCGCUGAAGUACAGCCUGUCAUCAACAUGACAAGAGAGGAUGAUAAAGGGGUGAUGAGGCUGACUGAUUGGGUGAGGGGCUUGCAGGCAAUGUGGACAGACCUGUUGCACUUUCGCUUGCCGCUCGUGCCCAUAAACCAUCCUCACAGAUGUUUAUGUCAGCUGCUCAGGUAUGAAGAUGAACCAGCGAAGAGGUAUUGAGAGAAUGAACGGUGCAACAAGUCGCUGUCUUUUUUUCAGCAUAUAAGGAGUGAUCUGAUUUACCAUUCACACGACAAGUAUGUUCUGUUUGGUUUGGGAUUUCCUGUCGCGACGAAAACUCGAGCAAACGUCUUCAUCCUUUGAUCUGUUUGAUUAAGUUAAAUCUCAAGUGACAGAGUUAAGAGCCAAGUAAGGACGUGAAAACUAGUCUCAUCUUUUCAACAAAGAAUCCUUGAUCAAUGAGCUCAGGGUGGUUUGUGUCAGUAAAGAGGUCAGUGUUGUCCCUGAAGGAGCACGAUGAUGGAAUAUUAUUUGGCUUUUUUACACUCGUGUGGCUCGAGGCUUUUCUCAUGACUUCUCAGCUUGAACAGGAACUAUUGUUGUUUCGAUACUGAAGUGGUUUUAUUUCUAUUUAUUUUCACGAGAGUCAUGUGAACAUUCUUGUUUGAAACAAAGAGGAAGUAGAUAGCUAUCAGGCAUGCAGGCAGCAGGGUGUGUCUUCACCUUAGAGUGUUGCGGGAGGGAACAGGUGUGAAUGAUGUGUUGAUGUUCAGAAAGUCGUCACUCCCUCCUGCAUUCCAGCGCCAGCUCCACUCAGCUCACAAACACGCCACGCAGCUUUACAACACCAUCCCCUUUCACCGCGCAGACGAACUAGAGCAGUGGACAGAUUUACAUCGCACUCUCUCACAUGGUGACCGACCACCAGUACUGGAUAAAGCUUCGGUUUUGUGCUGGACUUUAAUUCUUGGAUUACUUUUGCACUUGGGAUAUGGGAGGCAGAGAGGAGGUAAUGGUGAGCUGGAUGGAGUCCAACAUGCAGUUUCCACACUCCAGGUUGAACCGUUUCAGGUUCCGUCCGACCAAAAACCCAGCAAGGAGCAAGCGUGCGAGGGCCUCGUCCCAAAUCAAAAUAGACAGGUAUGUGUGAGAAGGAGCUGGAGGAUCGAAUCCGUACAAGUGUUGUGUGCGCUCAAAGUGAAACUGUUGUGGCUACGUGGUAAAAUAACCUGACGGGGAUAAGCAACAUCAUCAUAGCACAAAUAUGUUUUUGAUUGUUGUAUGUGUGGAUUAAAGUUGGUGUUGACAUAUAGAACACUUGAUAUUCAUGUGUUCAAAGCGGUAUUAUUGGCAUAUUUGUGGUACUCAUCGACGCUCAUGUGUCUGCCGUGUUGACUCACUGCUGUGAGGCAGCUGUCUGCAGACCUCUGAUCUCCCAAGGCUGAAUGUAGUUUGUCCUUGAGGAUAUCAGGUGAUGGACACAUGUUAUGGCUUCAAACAGCAGUAUGUGAGGCAAAUAUAGUUAGACAAAAACAACACUCAACAUGGCUUAUGAAGAAUGCAUCAUUGCCAGGUGUUGAGUACUCAUCAGACAAUAAAAAAAAACAAAAAACAAUUCCCUUUCAUAAUUAGGAUCUGUUUGGAUGUAAUAAAGGAUAUUCAUCUCUCUGUCACUCCUAUUUGCUUAAUAGGUUGAAACAACAAUCUGAAAACUGAUGCACUGAUAUUUUCUCCAUGUGCGAGCUGCGAGAAACAGCUGCUUUCUUCACUUUGAAAGAGAACAUGAAUAUCUUCUGCUUUAAGAUUUGCAGAUCAGUCCCAACCAGUAUUUUUAAGAUGCUACAUUCUGCCGUCAACUAUUAUCCAACAUUUUGUAGAUGAAACGCUGAAACUGUUAGCACCAAAAGUAAUUGACCGAACUGUCUGCUCUUUUCAUUGCCUGAUACUUUCAGAAACCUCAGUGUCAUUACAGAAUUAAACCCAGUAUUGGUGCAUCUUAUCUAAAAUGCAUAUGAUGUCAGAUUUAGUCAAGUAACUUUUUGACAUGUUCUUAAAAUGUUAUAUGUCAUCCAGUGAACUGAAAGAUGGAUCACUGUCACGUUGCAUUUACAUUCACUCUGUAUGUUGUGUACGUUGGAAUGUCACCAUUCGGGAUAGUCAAACUUAAGUAAAUCCUAUGUGCUCAUCUACAUCUGACGUUAUGAUGGGCGAACACUUUGUUCACAAUCAAAACAGAGUUUGGGUGUCACUAUAUGUGACAGUGGUGAUAAAUACACAAGUUGUGACAGACAGUAUUAAGUAACAGUUGACUCCAAUAGAGUUACUUUUUCCAUUUACUUGGAUUUAUUUUUCUCUUGAUAUGAUUUCACAUCUUUUAUUUACAAGCUUCUAAAGGCCUGCUUAGUUUAAAAGACUUAUACUUAAAUUAACAAGGAAAGUUAAAUAAAUUACUAGGAAAAGAGACUUAAACUGAAUUAAGUAUCUGCUGAAACUCACAGCUCCCCCCCCCUCCACCUUUUCCAAGUAACACUCAAGCUGGUUUCGCUCACCAAAGCAUGGAUCUGGAACAAACCUGAUCUGCUCUUGUGCUUGUUUAAGAUCUUGAUAACAAGAUCUUUGAUAACAUCAUGAAACCACAACUCAAAAUAUGACAGCUAUUUUUAUGCUCCGAUACGUCGAGUAACAAUCAUACCAGCGUCAUGCUGUUCUGAUGAACCAGCUGUCAUUCCAAGUAUGGUUCGGUAUGUCUCUGCUGACAUGCUGACUCGAGGAAUGUGACUGAACGGCACACCGAUGCAGUGAGUCAGCUGACCACUUCCUGCGUCUGUAAUCACAGGGUCACAUUUUUAGUGCCAGAGGGUGUAAGUGUGCUCGCAGAUGAGUGUGUCCCAUUGUUGUCAGGGAACAGUUUCCUCUGUUGUUGAGGAAAAGAUGAGCGUAUUUUCCAGGCUAGAGUCAGAAGAGGAAUGAGAGAUCAUUCAUGAUUUCUUUAUCUGAGAUUAUUUUCUGCAGGUUAGAUCUCUCCUUGUUAGUGGAUUGUAUUCAUGUUUCUGAUACAGAGGGGUGUAGCCCAUCAGAAAACCAAUCCCACUUCCUCAUAGUGACAUCUAGUGGAUUUGGAGGGUACUUCUCCUUCAGGCCACUUACGGCAAGAACAAUAGAGACCCCCCUUUGUGUCCGCUCUCGCCAACGCUCUCCUCACUCCGGCCCUCCCUCCAUCCCACUUCUUUUGUCUCUCCUUCUCUCUGGGCUCUCCUGGCUGAUCCACUCCCCCCACCCCCCCUGCAUCGCCUCCGUCUUCAUCGCUCCUCCUGUGUUUGUAUGUGUCUUUGUGCUUCUGCCAGUCCGUUUGCAUGCACGCCUGUGAUUUCUUUACGUGUGUGUAUGUCUGCACCAGAAAUCCCAGCCCCACCGAGAUGAGCGUGGAGCCCUGGGCCAGCCCGCAGGAUCAGGCAGCCGCUGAAGAGACGCACACCACGCACACGCCAUCCUCCCAGGAUCAGGAGCAGCACCCCGACAAACUGUGCCUGGACUCGUUCUGGAGUGAGGUGGAGACCAUCACACAGGGGAGUGGCUACACGGAGCACGACUGCACCAGAAGAGACUCCAAACAGUCCGAAGGUAAAAGCUGUUAAUUCUGCGGUGCUAAAUGAAGAACGGGUGGAAAGAGGUUUUAUUAAUAUUACAUGAGCGUAUUUAAAAGCGUUUAUAACCAUCGUUUUGGCUCAGCUGCUGCUGGGACCCUCCAUGAAAUUCAGCAUUUUCUAUGGCGGCACAUCAGGCUUCCUCUCAUGCAGCAAAGUAGUGCUCAUCGCCAUGACAACACUAUCAAACACUUUGUGCCAGGGAGCAUUUUGUGUACGCACGCCAAAUAGCCAUUCAUGAGUGCUGACUCGGUGGCACUGCUCUGUGAUCACGCAGCGUUGAUACGUCUCUUUGAUUCUGUGUUCAACAGAAACACUGUUUGAAAUUCAUUUUUUUCCACCAGUGACUAAGAACUCAGGAGUCAGGAUCAGAGCCGCAGCAGUCUCAUUUGAGACUCUGAACAGAUUUUUGUGUUUUCUUCAGAGAAUAAAAACAUACUGUUGACUGUAUUUGGUUUCUAAAAUGUGUUGUUAAAUUAUUGCAACGCCAAACCUUUACUGAAAUAGUAUGCUUUCCUUUUUCCUUUUCAAUAAUUUCUUGAGCAUCUCUGGAGAAAUAUGUGACACAAUGAAACAUACAAGCAAACAAACAGAAAGUCUUGACAACAUACAGACUGUAAAGACAGAAGUUUUUUUGUCAGUCUCUCCCUAAACCAAGAAACAGUUUGGUGCUUCUUUUGCUCAAAAAUGUGUGAUUCAUUGACACAACCUAGUUUGUCUAUAUGCUGAUCCACAAUUACAGGUAUUGUAGAGGGAUAUUCCGGUGUAAAUUUAAGUCAUGGUCAAACACACCCUAACACUGAGUUAGACAUCCCCUCGAGAGAUGAAUGUUGCCAACUGUUUGCUUCUCUAGUUUGACCAACUUAAGUAACGACCGCACGAUAGCGAUACACAGCGGUCUACGCGAGCAAACCUCAAACAAAACGCCGCUCUAUAGCCACAAAUAACACUCAGAACAGCACCUAACUUCAUCAACAGUACAUAUAGAGUCCCAGCCAUAGUACUAGCCACCAAACAUCUUUUUAGCUUUGCCUGAUUUCUUUGGCAAAAAAAAACAAACAUAACUCACCGACUCCCCUCCAGCUACUUGUUAGUGGGGAAGCCCUGACAACAAUUUAUGCUUAUUAUUUCGAGGAAAUGCAAUCACACCGAGACCCUAAGGUAGAAGAACUUCCGCGUCUGCAGUGCACAUACAAGAUACACAAGAACUCUAACCACAUAGUUUAAAUUUACGACAGAAUAUCCCUUUAAACAGUUUCUACUUCUUACUAUUGCGUUCGUGUGUUUCAUUGUUUACCUAUUUGUUUGUCACAGAAGGGGAACAGGAGGAGCAGUGGCUGGCUGAUGCUGGUUUAUCGGACCUCAUCAAGGAGGACGGUGAUGAUGUAGACAAAGCGGUGCUUCUGUCCACUCUGACCCGGACACAGGCAGAGGCCGUCCAGCGUCGACUGGAAUCCUACACACUAUCCCUGCGUAAAAGAAACAAACCGCCACCGCGGGACGUCCGAGACGUUUUCAACUCCCCCAUCACUCAGGUCAGGAUUUAAUACUGUUGAGAAGAAAUAAAAUUCCUGCUGUAAAUGAACGAAGUUUUAAAUAUAACUGCUGCUGAUUAUUAUAAACAUUAACACUUUUUGCUGCUUCUACAAAACAUGAAGAUUCUUAAUGAGAGACUUACCAGAGACCCUGCUGUCUUUAAAGCACAUAAAUUCACCAGUUCCUGAUAUCUGAAGUGUCAGGAUUCAUUAUUUUAUGUUGCUGAAGUUUACAGCAGGCAGAGUCUGUCACAGUCAAAGCCCCAAACUGUGAACUAAACAAGUAUGACCUCGGGACUGUGUGAAGGACUUUCCAUUGUGUCCGUGUCUUGUGCUGUCUUGUUUCAUGCAAAGGAGAUAACCUGUUACAAAAAAGGCAAAUCACAUGAAAAGGCCACGCUUUGUCCUCACUGUCAGUCUGAAGAGUCCUGAGAGAGGGAUCUAGACAGGGUUCCUCUGAUUCUUAUCAGCCCUUCAUCAAAGGAAACACUCUCCAUAUCCUCCAUUAUCUCCCUAGUGAACAAUAAUAAAAUAUCACUGCUACUCCCCGUGGGACUGAUGUCACCUCUCUGAUAUUUUACCCCGAGGGUCUCCUUACAGAGGAUGUUUGUAACAUUCAGUAUUUGCUCUCUGUCUCUUCAGAACCUCCUGCCAGAAUCGCAGCAAAGUGAAGACCUACCCCAAGACAGCAUGGCUUCAGUCACCAAAACACCUCUCUCAGGUAAGAGCUGGAACACUUUGCUUUAUAAUUAUAUACUUUCAUGACAUUACACUGGUGAAAUAGGAAAGCAAAGACAUGACAGCAAGAACACGACACUUUGAAAAGGUUAAAACAACAGCUGCUGUUGUUUCAAUACUGUAAUGAGUCAAAACAAGAUUCCCAUUGUGGUGGCCUUUUGUACUCGCUAAUAAGUUUAACUACCUAUUACCUUCCUCACAUAUAUCUUUAAAUAAGGGAUACCUGAAGAAGUCAGGUGAGCAACAGAUUUGUGUGAUCCUGAUGAGGGAUUGUGUGUCAGAUUCAGGUCAAAGCCUACCUGUAAAUUGGUUCAGAUUAAUCCUGGGAUAACUCUCGGUCUCUACAUGCAGUCACUGAAGAAAGUCUGAGUCUUCUUAGCCCUGUGCUCACGUGCCAAAUCCAAAUAUAUCUGAGUUAAAUAAAAUUUGAUAAUUGACUUAGAAAAAAGUGCAUUAUAUAUUGACUUUCAGGAUACUUAAGUACAGCUGUUGGUGUGCUGAUGUGAGAAAAACAGAGAGGAUACACACCUUAGAGACGCAGCGAAAUGAGAGUCACACCCUUACAGAUCAAAAUUCCCACGGUGAAUUGUGGUAGCAACGUCACUUUUAAGUGGGGAUGUAAUCAACCGAAGAAAUUCUUGGUCGACCAAAUAUCGACUAAUCGACUUCUGAUUCUGACGGCAAACCCUUCUGUGGUGCGGGAUGACGCGGCUCGGCGGGGUGAAAAUAUAUCAGCACGAGAAGGCAAUUCAACACGUUGAAACACAAGUUAAAACGCUAGAAAAUAUAAAAUAAAUAUUCAGCAAAUUACCGGACUUCGAUUAACGCGGACGCGCUUCAAUCUUCCCGUCUCCAACCGGUGUCCAGUGGGUUGGGCGAAUCCAAAAUGGUGAAAACAAGGGGGGUGUUCUGAGACAGGCUGUUACCUGUGAAACAGCGGUGCUCUGAAAACACCCCACUAGCACUUGGUACGUUCCUCCUGAUGACAUUAAGCAUAGACUGUAAAUUGACGCGGCAAAAAUUGAGUCGACCAAUCAGAAUUUUGGUCGACUCAGCAUGUAUCGACCAAUAAGUCGACCAGUCGACUAGGAAUUUACAGCCCUACUUUUAAGUUCUUUGACUCUAAAAGAGGGAAUAAAUACUUAUGACAUUUUUGGUCACAUUUACUAUUCCUUCCUUUCGCUUUAUAAGCUCUGUUGAGCCAAGUCUAUGUUGUACAUUAUCAACUUUGUGACACUUUCACCCUUUACUGCCUUUUGUAUCAUAUUUGAUACUUUUAUAUACUUCUAUCAAAUCAAUUUGAUCAACAGAUUACAAAAAACCCUGAAUACAGUCCGAUAAAUGAUAAAAAUGUCCUCUUGUAGUUUAUCAGUUUCCAAAAACAUCUAAUGUAUCAAACGAGAUGAAUAAUAUAUAUAAGUUUAAGUACAUUUUGAUUUUUAAGUCAAAAAAAAACAAAAAAACAUUUCAGCUCCAGAAAAUUUUGAAUUUUCUGGGCAUAAUUUGUGGUGUCAGGCAUUUAAGGGCGACGACAUUUUUGAACACAUUCACUCUUCCUUCCUGUUGCUUUAUAAGUCUAUUUUUGUGACAUUCUAACAGUCAAACUUGUUCACUGAGUUCAUAGAUCUGUUGUGAGCUGUUGUGUUUUCGUUAUUCUUACCUUGUCUUUAAUGUGUAUUUAGCCGUGACUCCAGAGCAUCAGCGAGGCGCUCCUAAAGAAGAGUUCUUCAUCACCGACGUGGCUUACUGCGAACAGGCCGUCAUCUUCCUCAAACAGGCCAAACUGCCCCAGAACAAAAUCCUUCGCAGGAAAGAGGACGGCACUUUGCCGGUAAGCUUGAAACAAUUUCUGGUUGGAGGGUUUCUGGUAUAACUGCAGAUCCUUGUUUUCAGGAAGACUUCUUCUUGAUUGCUUUUUUAAUUAUUAUUAGGAACUUUGCAGGAGUUCCCAUGGCUUUGUCAAACAAGGAGAUUCCAAAAAAAGCUUAAGAGUGCACCAGUUUUGAGAUAGAGGUGAAAUACAGAGUGGUUGUUGUUGUGCAUGAAAGAGUUUGUUUGAUUCAUGUUUCGUGAUCAUGUUUACCAUGCAAAGGACCAACAGGAGGGAUAAGUAAUGUACCAAAAUAUUCCCAUUUCUACACGUCACAUCUGAAAGAGAAAUACAUGCAAACGUUUCUCUUCUUGUGUGUCCUGCAUGCAUUUAUUUUGGUAUUUCAGAGAAUAAAUCUGAGACAGUAAAGAAGUAAAUGUACAGUGUUGAGAGAGGCAAAGUGCAUAGAUGAAACAUAUAAACCCUGAUUAAGAAAAUCUGGACUUACCCUUUACGUCCAAAGAUCACUUCCUUUGCUCGUACAGUUUAAAGUCUCACCUUGAUUCUUCUCUCAACAUAGGUACCAAUGUUUAGCAAGUAAAAAAUAAAUCAACACUAAACACAAAGAAAAACAUUCAAUGAAGCCACGAUCAUGUGAAUGUAUAAUAGGAUUGAGCCGAAAAAGGCUGUAAUGAAAGUCAGUCAAAACAGAAUUUCUAUAUUAGCUGUUACAGGAACUUUAAGUUUCACAUUUGUUUAGGGUGACAGCAUUAAACUGUGAUACAGUCUGAUGUGAAAGUCUAACAUUUUUGGCCCUUUUCUUCUCCGUACCUGUGCUCCCAUUCUCUCUCUUUACCUCUCCACCCCCCUCCACUUCCAAACUCUUAACUUCUGUCUCCCUCUCCUCCUCACUUCUCUCCUCCUUUAAUCUCUCACCUUCUCAGCGGGUCAUCUGCCCCAAGUGCCGUCUGGGAGUGACUCGUAUUCAGGAUCUCUCCCACACGGACAUGAAGAAGGUGCGUCAGCUGGCUCUUAUCGACAUGACGGCGCUGUGUGAUCUUCUCGAGCUGGAGGUCAAAAGGCACAAAACGGGCAAGAGGAAAAUCGCAGGUACAGCAGAGACCUCACGCCAAGGAACUAGAGAGACAAAAGAAACACUUUCGAAAAAUUCAUUUUAAAGAUAUUCAUUAUUUUGUUAUGUAGAUAAUGACAUUUUACCUGUGAGCUGAGCUUCAGAUUGAUCGAAUUUCAUCAAUAGGAAACAACUCCAAACUUAAGAGGCUGUCUGCGUCUCUUAUCCUGUCAGCCAUGAGCUUUUGGCUUUAUUCAGACUGAUAUCAAUCUUAAGCUCCUGCACCCCUGACAUAUUUCUUUUACACUGUUUGUAAUCUUCUUUAUAAAACCAUGUCUGAAAGUAAGUGUGAGGCAGAGAGGACAACUGAAUAACACUUUGGUCCGUUACAGAGAGUCCACUUUUCGGGGUGCCGCUGGCCACACUGCUGGAGAACGAUCAGAAAGUGAAGCCCCACACCUCGACCCCUCUUUUCCUCCAGUCGGUAAGAUCCGCUACCAAACCCUUCAUAUGCGACUUUAUGAUUUGAGGAAUAGAAAUAGUGAGGAUCAAUUAAAGGAGGUACUCAAAAACAUUACAGUCUUCGUUGGAGGUUGUCAUAAACGCACCAACAUUGAAGAUUUUGAUUGUGCCUCCGAUCAGCUGUUCUCCUAACUUUGAUUUUAUCUCUUUGACCUUAUCUUCGUUGAAUAAACUGAGUUUUACGCAGAGCUCAUUUGAAACAGUCUCCUUGUCCUCUGAAUGUGAAAAUGCCUUGACCACACCCUGAACAUAGCAGCAGUUACUAAGUAUAACCAGCAGAGGUGAGCGAGAGAUCCUUAUCUGCUGCAGCCUAACUCUCCUCUCGCUGAUGUCUCUCUCCCUCUCUCUCUCUCUCUCUUCUUUGCCUCUCUCUCUUUCUCUGCAGUUGUUGUCGUUUUUGGAGAAGAAAGGAGUCGACUCGGAGGGGAUCCUGCGGGUUCCAGGAUCUCAGUCCAGAAUAAAGGUGCAAUAUUUGGAUCAACACAUAUUUCUAUCAUACGCUGACCCACAUUAUUCUGUCGUACACUUUUUCUUUUUCUUUCUUAUCAAACCAAUUAAAAAAAGACAGUUUUACUUAUUAAGAGCAGCUCAAUGAUUGACACUUGAAAAUGUCAGAGGUGCUUGGCAUCAGUUGGGAACAUUAAGCCGCUUCACUGAGUUUAACCACUGCUGACAUUUAGAAAAACAAGCUCCACCGAGAGAAAAAAUCAUUUUAAUCUUCUUUUUUUUCUCAAACCACUGCCCCUCAAACACACCUUCUGAUACUGAAUGAUACCCAGCACUCACACAGAAGAAGGUGAAUCAAUUACACUAAAACAGACAGGAGAGGGCGCCAUUUCGCACUUGACAAAAUAGACCACUGUGCAAGACGAGCAGGAAAAUUGAGAUACUGAUCGUUUUUUAGUAAGAUUUACCAUAAAGUGAUAUUUAUAAAUUAAAACUCAGUGCUUUAGGGUUACAAGCAUCUGUUAUUUUGGCAAAUCCUUAAAAGAUUUGAGUUUUCUGUUAUUUUUUCUUUUAAACAUCCUUAUUUAAGAUACACAAAUAGUAAAAGACAAUAAGACAAAACGAUUACAACUAUUUUAAAAAGAAACAUACGACCUCAACAGACUGUAAGCGAUUGCAUAAGGCAGAAAAAUGACUGAGACAUAGACAGGUUGUUAGGUAACGAGUUCAUUUUCGUGUAGAUAACACUGACACAGUUGAGUGAAGGGUUCGGUUGAUUCUUGUGAUUUCUACAAAGAGACCAGACAGCUUUCUGAGUAACAACCAUGUCCUCAUAGCUCAAUAUCAUAAACUACAUUUACUGUCACCUAAAGAUGUAGAACAGCCGUAUAUACAUGUCAAGUUCUGUAGGCAGUAACUCAUAGUCAUCUGUCAUGGUUGACUAGACAUAGUGUCUGUCUGAGGGCAAAUCAAGUUUACAUAAAAGUUACUAUAGGAUGGGAAGUUACAUCACUAGUGAUCGAACAGUUUUGGUCAUUUCUCUGUUUUUUUUCUGUUUGCAGCUGCUGCAGCAGAACUUAGAGACUAACUUCUACUCAGGGAAGGUCUGCUGGGACGAGGUGAGUCCGAACGACGCCGCCGCGCUGCUCAAGAAGUUCAUCCGGGAGCUGCCCGCUCCACUUCUCACUGCCGAGUACCUCAACACCUUCAGCGCUGUCAGAGGUCAGUGUUCACCACUUUAAUGAGAUCACUUAGCUGUUCCAGGUUGCAAGCUUCUGUUUCUGCAAAAAGUCUUACAUUGUCUUCCUGUAAAGUGUGCAAACGUUAAAAUCUUUGUUGUGUAAGUGUUGACUGGAACAUUUUUGCGACACUUUUAGACACACAUUGUAUUCCAGGCAUGUGGGAGAGGCUGCUGCAACUGCUGUUUAGAUGGAAGACCUUUUAGAUUCGAAUCCGUGCCAAAUAACACCUCACUAAUUACACUUUUCGUCUGCAGUUACAUAAUGACACCACCUCUAAUAAAUCACAUUCUGCACCACAACCAGAUGGGUGUGGUGUUGACGUGACUGACUGACUACAUUGUGUUUUUGUCUCUGUAUUUGGCGAGCUGCAUAUUUACUGUUUCUUGUAGACACACACACAGAUACAAUUCCCGCUCUUCUCCAUUGCGUCACAAUCUGCUGCCUGCUUUUCCAGACAGUCCGACACGGAGACUCUUUACCCUGACGACAGCGCCAAAUGAUGAUUAUCUUUUCCAUAUUAAAGGGAUAUUUCGGCGUAAAUCUAAUUUAGGGUCAAACACACUGUAACACCGAGUCAGACACCCCCUUAAGAGAUGAAUGUUGCCGACUGCUUGCUUCUCUAGUUAUACCAACUUUAGUAACGACCGCACGAUAGCAAUACACAGCAAUCUAUGCCUCCACGCGCAAACCUCAACCAAAACGCCACUCAAUAACCACAAAUAAUGCUCAGAACAGCACCUAACUUAAUCAUCAGUACAUAUAGGGUCACAGCCAUAGUACUAGCCACCAAACGUCUUUUUAGCUUUGCCUGAUUUCUUUAGCAAAGAGACUAAACACAACUCACCCACUCUCCUCCAGCAGCCACUUGUUUGUAGCGAGACCUCAGACCAGUGCAAUACGGACUGCUGUGGGGUGCUGCAGCUCAAGGAAGAACAUUUAUGAUCAUUACUUUAUCAUUUCCUUUAAGUAAUAAUCACCAUAUUAAUCAUUUUGCACUGCAGAUGGUAGCAUCUCAGUCUGAUUGCAUUUCCAUGAAGAAAUGAUCAUAAAUGUUCUUCCUUGAGCUGCGUCACACCGCUGUAGUCUGUAUAGACUGGCCUGAGGUCUCGCUACAAACAAGUGGCUGCUGGAGGAGAGUGGGUGAGUUGUGUUCAGUCUCUUUGCUAAAGAAAUUAGUCAAAGUUAAAAAGAAGUUUGACCUUAUUACUAUCGCUGGGAUGCUAUAUGUACUGUUGAUGAAGUUAGGUGCUGUUCUGAGCAUUAUUUGUGGCUAUGAAGUGGCGUUUUGGUUGAGGUUUGCGCGUGGAGACGUAGACCGCUGUGAAUUGCUAUUGUGCGGUCGUUACUAAAGUUGGUAUAACUAGAGAAGCAAGCAGUCGGCAACAUUCAUCUCCCGAGGGGGUGUCUAACUCGGUGUUACAGUGUGUUUGACCCUAAAUUUUUGCUUUGACGGAAUAUCCCUUUAAGAUGAACAAGAUGAUGGCCUUUAAAGAGGCGUCCUCGAACACAUACACAGUGAUGAAGCAGAGUAGAAUAUUCACUUCAGUUUCACUAAAUAAAAGUCUGCGUUGAUAUUAAUGUAUUCAGAUCGAUGCCUCGCUGACGUUCAGUGUGUGAGGAGUAUCAGCGCAAAGUGAUGAAUGAUGUUUUACCACAGAGACAUAAGCUAACAAACCUAAUGGCCACCUGUCACAACGUCAUUAAUCUUUAGGUUUCCCAUUAUUCUUGGUCAGCCUCAGCGGAAAUGAAGAGUAUGAGCGCGUCUGUGUGUGAGUGUGUUUGCUAAAUCUUUGCUCUCUUCUCUCUUCUCCUUUAGACAUCACAGACCUGAAGCAGAAGCUCCACAUGUUGAACCUCCUCAUCCUGCUGCUGCCAGAACCCAACAGGAACACACUGAAGGUACACACCGACACGCAGGAACAUAAAUCAUAAAAAUAUACAUACUUCAUCUUUAAAGGUUGAACAAGUUGAGCAAGGAUUUUACGACUCCUCUUACAUAAAUUUGACAUGUCUUCAAAUUUACAUCUGUAUGUUGUAUAUGAGCCUCAUAUUUCAAAGUGCCGUUUCAUAAUGUACUGCUAUACUGUUCCGCUUUUAAUCCACAUUUUAAGCGCUCUACACGGUUACGUAACCGCUAGCAUUAACUAAUGACUCACUUUCACUGACACGAUCGUGCAGUCAGCUCCGCUUACAGCAUCCAGGAGCAUCAAACCCACCUGAACUAAUUACUUUGACUCCAGUGGAGGCAGCUGAAACUUACUGUGCAUUAACGCUUCUCUCAGCAGAGGUGUUACAGAUGAUUCAGUCACUGUGAUAUCCACUUCACUCCCUGUUGUGCACCUGUAGAAGUGGCCUCUCUACAUUUCACAUUAUUCAAUCUUUCAACCUCUAUAAAAAUCGAAAUAUUCAACAUACAGGCUUCAUCCAGUUUGAAUUAUUAGGUUCAUAAAACCAUGAAAGUACCUUUGAUUUCACGUCUCCAUCUGUGUGCCUCCCAGGCUCUCCUGGAGUUCCUCAGUAAGGUGGUCUCCAGAGAGAAGAGGAACAGGAUGAAUCUCUGGGCCGUCGCGACCAUCAUGGCUCCAAACCUCUUCCUCCAUAAGGCCGUUCCCAGCAGGCUGACGGAGGGGGCGGAGAAAGGACAUGCGGAGAAGGCGGCUGAUGUGAUGAGGCUCCUCAUCCGCUACCAGGACCUGCUCUGGACGGUAAGAUCACCCUCGUAUUCAUCUGCAAGAGGACCAGAGAUAUAUUACUGGAAUUGAUGAGCACUUACCCAGCUUAUCAUAAUCCUGUUAAUAACUUGGAAGUGGGAAAAUCAAUAUCAGCAAGAAUUGUGCAGAUUUAUUUUUCCUCAAAAAAGCUGUUUAAAAUCUGCAUGAUACAUCCUUAUCCUACUCCCUUUUUACACUUUUAUACUUCUAUCAUAAAAUUCAAUCCUUUAAAUUUAUUCUUAAAGUCGCAGUUUUGGGUAAAUGUUACAACCUCCCUAUGAUUUUUUAGCUAAAGGCUUCAGAAGAAGAAGAACUGAUUUAAUUUUCCUUUGGGGAUCAAUAAAAGUCUUCUUCUUCUUCUUCUUCUUCUUCUUCUUCUUCUUCGUCUUUACAAAAACCAAGCAAGUCAAAGUCCUGACAUUUAUCAUAACAAAUUACUUUGUAUGAAAUAAUCAUAAAAUCAGAGUCAUCGUGUUUAAUAUUCUUUUUUCUCUCCAGAUCCCGAAUUUCCUCAUGAACCAGGUGCGUAAGCUGAAUGAAAACAGCAGCAGACGUUACCAGUUCUACGAUCGCCGCAUCAAGAACCUGCUGAGGAAGAUCCACACGGACAGCCGUGAAAAACCCGAUAAGAAUACCUCAGAGGUGAGAUUUCACAUCUCUAAGAUUUGGAACCAAAUAUUCGUAAUAAAAUCUGAUCUUAUUCUUAUUUAAAAAGCUGUACAAAGACGACACUGAUCACUUUGGUUAAUGUUCCUUUUACUCUUUUUUUUGCCUGUAGUUGUGCCGUACAGUUAAAAUCCAGGUUGGGGAUCAGGUGAGCGGCACCAUGGAGUUCCAGCUCAACAUCAACUCCCGAGCUUCAGACCUGCUCGCCCAGUUUCACCGCCAGUGCCUCCGCAGCCCCGAGAACGGAAAGGGCAAAAUACGAAGGUACGACUCCAUAUGGAUCUUUGACUUCAGAUCAGAGUUAUCUUGAAUCUUAGACUGCUUUGACUCUGUCUUUCAACACUCACAACAGUUUGAUGAUACGUGUCUGUCCACAGGAACGGCGCAGUGGCGUAUCCAGACUGCGCUCUAUAUGAAGUCGGAGGUAAUAUCGGUAAGUGUCAGAGGCUGCUCCGUUUUACUGGGUGCUGACAUUUGCAUGUCUUCCUGCUCAUUGAGCUGAUGAGGGUACAUGGUCUUAUGUAAUGAUCUGUGCAAACGCCAAAGAGACGGGAGCGGUGCAUCUGCAGUUAUCAGAGCAGACAAAUGCUCAUUUCAUACAUGUCUGUGCUCUCACAGGAGAACCGACAGACUGAACUCUUUAUCGGACAAACUUGUUCCGUCAGUUCGACUCUGAAACUUUAUCGUCUGCAGUCUUACCUAAGAGUAUUGAUGUAUGAUUGCUAUGUGGAUAGAGACUGGAGCUCUGUGUUGAAACCAGAGCAGGAUUAAAAUAGUCGAGGUAUUUGAUGAGUCAAGUCAUUGUGAGUUCUUCAGCUUUGAUUGAAUUCAAUCUUGAUAUGGUGUAAGAGUGAAAAGGAUGUGGGCUGACAGCGACUUUGUUUGUGUUGUGCAGGUGAGCACUGCCUGGACCCCGACACACACCUCCUGGAUUUGUACAACAGUAACCAAGGAGGCGAAUGGGUCGUCAAGCUGAAACCGAACGCCAGCAGAGGACUGUGAAGGACAGAUGGACAGAUAGACGGACGAAGGCAAGACCUUAAAAAAAUGUAAAAAGAUGGAGUCCACACGGGCCGCUGUUCCGGUUCUUUUCCUCCUCGGAGCAACAAGCGAGCAGGAGACAGAUGGAGGGAAGCAGAAACGGAUAGAUGGAGAAUCUGCCAGGAGCAGAAAAACUGUCACAUGAACACACUCUGCCCUCCACCUUUUUUACUCCAUCUCUUCUCCUUCCUCCCCUCUUUCCCGCUCUUCACUCCAUCACUCCUCUCCUGCAGUAGCGCAGGGCUGCGAGCAAAAAAGCUGCUUACGUGACUCAUUAGUUCUGACAGAGAACCUGCUGCACAGAAAACGGAGGCCAGAGUGAACGGCUGGGCGCUUUGAUUCGCCUUUUUUUGCCCCCCAUUUCUGACCGUGAUGAGCAGAUGGGGAUGCAGAGCACCUCUGGCUACAGAGAGCCGAGUCCUACCCCCAACAAGAUCAUGUGUUUCAGCUUCAUUCUUAAGUCUUGGGUGAUGAAACAGGUGAUUUCUGCCCAAAUUCUCAGCAAAAUUAGAGCCUAGAGUCAUUAUUAGAGUUAUUUCCUGACUUCAGACUCCGUUUGACUAAUUCAUCUGUUCGGAUUGACCUUCACCGGUGUUAUCAGCUCAGAAACUGCAGACUGGAGCUGAAGCUGUUGAAAGGAAACAAAUAUGUUACGGUAAUACGUCCAUCUGUUUAAAGAUCCGUCCAACGAGCUGCUUCGCUUCCUCUUUCCUCGUCCACAAUUCUUAAAAAAAAGGACAAAAGCCCCCCUGUUAGGCUGUAAAAGAAGAAAUCUACCUGGUAAAAUCAGGUGUCUCUCUUCCACUAAAACAAAUCUAAGUGUAGCUGAGGAUAUGGACAGAAAACCUCUGUAUCAUGUUCCUGUUUUUGUAAGAGUCGACCUGUGAAUGAAGUAGGACACCAGCCCCCUGAUCAGCUGACUGCUCUUCAUCCUCUGCUCGUUUGUCUCCCUGCUGCUCUCACUCUUAAAAAACAAACGAAGGAAGUAAAGGAUUCUGUGCCAUUUGAAGAGGGAACGACACCCGGAUGAUGAACUGAUCUCUUAUCUGUGAACCCGAAUUCUCCUGGGCCUUAUAAAAAAAAAAGAAUAAAAAAUCCAUGGACUUCCAAGGACCCCCCUGACCUUAACUCAACGGUGCUCAACCAGUCUUUUUUUCCUCCGCUGAUACCGAGGGACCCGGUGUCACCACCUCGGGGACACUCACUGCACCUCUAAAGGGAGUUUUUGAGGACACACGGUGAAGCUGGUCUUCAGUUCUCAUUUUUAAAACACACAGAUGAGCCUAAAGUGCUGAAGAGACUCUUCUACGGGGGGUUUAUGGGAUUAUCAUUAUUUAUAUGAAUGUAACGCCGCUGUUGCUUCUGUAUUUGUCGAGUGUUGUGAAGGCUAGAGAGACAUUAGGAUAAAGUAGACAUGCUGCAUUUAGUGUUAGUGUGUCGUGUUCAGUUGCCCGUACUCAGUGUGGGAAUUUGCAGUGUUCUUGUACAUAGUUUGAAGUCGUUUUUUUGCUGGAUCUUGAUGUAAAUAUUUCUCGUUUCUACUCUUCUCUGCUGUGAAGAAGCAGACGGACGAACAGAUGGACAGACUGUGUUUUUGUGUCGCUACUCUGAGUAUUCCAAACACACACAAGCAGCAAAUGAAUGUGUUUCUACACCUCGUGCCGAUCAUCAGUUGUGAACCAUCGACUCCUCCAUGUUGGGGCUCCGCGGCCAUUUUGUGGGAAGAGAACUCACGCGCUCUCUCCGCUCAAUAGACGGAGUAAUGACAGCCGGACCAGGCGCCGGCAUCCAUCAACACCCUCCGCUCCAUCUCUGUCACCUUUCCAAUGAUGGAGCCUAAUGUGCAUCAGAAACACGCAGCAGAGGAAUCACAUUUCCUUCAUAAAGGAGGAGGUAAUAAACGGCUGUUAUAAAUUCUGCUGCUCCGGACCUGAUGGCAGCAGAAGUGUGUGUGUGUGUGUGUGUGGGUGUGUUGUGUGCAUGCAUGUGUGUGACGAGCUUCAUUACCCAGGUCCAAUCGGCCUGUCCCAGGGUCCCGAUCACAGUUCAGUGCCUCGGCACAAAGCGAGCUGAUGAAACCGCCCUUCUGCUGACAAUCAGGAGAAGUAGGUCACCUCUGAAGCAGGACCCCCAGAGGGCGAGGCCAAACACCCCGAGGAGUGGAGCACAUGGACGUGUUGUUGUCUAAACACACACACACGGACAACAAGGGGCACGGGUUCACACACACACACUCAUACAUGACUUUUUUUAUUGACUGUAUUUGUGUUUGUACAUAUGUGAAUGUGUUUGUAUGUGUGAGAAACAGAGGAGGCUUCCUGAGGGGUAGAUAUCUCUGAAACAGUGUUAUCUAUGAAACUACCCAAGGGGACUUCCUAAAGAAGACUCAUUAUUGGACAUUUUUACAGGAGAGUCUGAUCCCUGUCGUGAGCUAAGUGUGGUUAUGGAUCUCUUCUUGUCUUCAUACAUGUCUCACUGUUUUUGUGAAGAACGUAGACGCCAGUAAGCAGACGUCAGAAUGUAUAUUUAUGCUCUUUACACAAGUUGUUUUUAAUAUUCUGUGAAAACACUCCAGUCUCUGCUGUAGAAAGAUAAACUUUUGAAAAAACACGCUUGUUUUUUUUGUCAAUAAAUGUGAAUCUUACAUUGUCCUCAACAUGAUUUAUUUCUUCAAUAUGGGAUUGUGGGUGUGGUGGAAAGAUGGUAUCAAGAAAAGCAUCAUUCGUCAGACGCAGAAGCAAAACACACGUGUGAAAGCAGAGCGAAUGUGUACGGGUUUGAUUCCGCAGCUGUGAUCAAUAGAGAGACUAACCUUGUAAUGUGUGCGGGUGAAGAGGCCGCCGCUGCUCGGCUCCUUGAUUAAUCAUCACCACCGCUCCUGGAAAAACCAUUCCCAACUAACUGCCUCAUCAACUUUGAUUAUUCAAGGUCUCGGCAUGUCCAAAGGGCCGCUGGGGAGACAAAAGGAGAGAAAACUGGAGUCAUUGUUUUCACUUUCAUGAAAAAAGAGUUGGAGCCGAGCAGUUUGUAUUUUAACAGAGAAGUAAUGAUGAUCUUGUGAGAGACGAUGAAGUUUAAUUAUUCAUCAUCGAAAAGAAGGUGAUUAUUGGCUUAAAUUAUUUUAAAAACCCACUUUUAAAUCUUGGCUUUUGACCAAGUAUGAGACGGCAUUUUAAAACAACUAUUUAUUGUUGUUUUAUGUUUUUAUGUUAUUAUGUACAUCACUUUGUGUCAGCUUUGGUUGUAUUUAAAGUGCUCUAUAAAUAAAGUUCAGUUGAGUUAAAAAUGAGCGUUUGAGGAUGUAAUCAUCAUCCUAUUAGGGGGUUAGUUUUCCAGAAAUAAUUAGGUUGGAUUUGUAGAAGAAAACCAUCUAAACUCCUCAAAUGAAAGCAUGAAUUUUCAUGUUUUUGUCACCUUCGCUGUUUUAUUUCUACAUACAGGGACGGUGCAUGUGUUCUAGAGAGAGCAGGUGUAAGUAUCUUUAGACGAGUAUCUAAAGUACAGUUUUUUUCCAUGUUCUGCAGUUUCAGCCUCAUUUACUCAUUUCUGAGUCUAAAAAAAACAUCUACACACCCAAACUGCAGCCCCCUCCCCUCAGACCGAGCAGCAGCAGCAGCAGCAGUCAGGCUGGCAGACGCAGGCCCCUUUGGCCCUCUGCAGAUCUAAAUUACUGUAAUCAGUGGAUGAAAAGCAAUCAGCAGCCUUGUAUGAGCCACUGGCAGAACGCCUGACCUCCGGCUCUCUCCACCAAUCAGACGGCUGCGUUUCAUUCACAACUAAUCACGACCCGCACUCAGAGCUUCCCUCACAUUUGAUGGAGGAGGAAGCACUCCUCUUUUCCUUUUGUCUUUCUGUGCCACGCUGACCGGAGUCGACCGGGUUGAUGAGGGAUGACGGUGCGAGCUGAAGCCCGUUUUUCCUGUGCUCGCGCGGUGGCAGCCAUCAUGGCUUUCCUCCUGGCAGCAGCUGCAGAGGCUCGACCACUGAUGAGACAGUUUGAACACAAAGUAAAGUUUCAGAUGAAGACUCUAAUGAUGAGUGCAGUGAGGCAGGAAACGGAUGGAGAACAAAACAGAUGCUGCUGAAUUGAUUUUCUGCUCUGGGAUGAGGUAACCACCGAUAAAAGUUACAGGCUGGAUUGGCGUGUGCAAAUUUACUCAGAUCUCUGUUUAUUAAAAGUAGGGGCGUCACAUGUUUGAAGACCAUUUGUAGGCACAUGCUCUCCAGGUUUUGGGCAAGCUUGUUCAGUUUUAGAGUAUUUACUGAAUCAUGCAUGUAUUCUCUACUUCUUGACCUUGCAUGAGUCUUACGCUUAUCGAGUUACUCCAGUUUAAGAGGAAGCGUAACAAACUCGAACCAGCGAAAUUCACGUGCAAUCGUGCGAUAACAAGUUGUCUCUAGCCACAAAUGCUAACCAUAUAAAAAUGGGCUUUUUAGAAUGGGUGUGUAUGUGGUUUCUAUUGCUGUUGGAACCAGCCUCUAGUGGACACUUGAGGAACUGCAUUUUUAAACAC